AUGGUAUUUCCUCACUCAUCGAGUCAGGUGUCCUGGCCAGGUGAGUCUGAUGAGGAUACUGCUAGGAGAGGUGAUGGGAAUGAGAAAGAGGAUAAAUGCGUCGAGCCUUGGAGGGAUAGUGCUAGCGACGCCGAGCCAACGCCAAUAAGGCCAAGAAGAUUGCAGAUUAGAGGAAGAGGCGAAACAGGCAUUAUCAGAGACCACUGUAUAGGAAGUCUGUGA